AGUGAACACCGAACUUACUUGACACACACAUAGAGCACGGUGAAAAGAAAAAUAAAUAUUUAAUAUUAUUUAUACAUAUUAAACAAAUAUAUAUUCUAAAGAAAUAGAAGAAUAAAACGUUCGGUAAUUACGAAAAAAAAAACAAAUAUAAAAUAAAUUUAAAUGAAAAUAGUGUAAUAAAGUGCAAAGGAAUUAAGGAAAAUAAGCUCUCAUCCCCUGUCAAGAGGAAAUGAAAAUGUGAAAUUUGCUCAAGUGAAAAAAACAAGUGUCUUAAAAUAGCAAAAAAAACCCAAGAUAAAUAAAUAUUUUUUACAAACAAAAGCAAUAUUUGCCAGCUCAGAGCAUGUUCCAUAAGUAUUAGGGGAGACAAAAGUAAAUUCAAGGCAGCUGAAUGUCAUUCGACUAAGGUUCUUCUGUUUGUUCAUUACCACCACCAACCAACCAACCAUCUCUUUGUUUGGAAUUUCAUUCUGUGACGUUUGUCGUUCGUUGGCUGUCUUCACCCACUUGUUUGUUAUACAUUUUAUUCUCAAACAAAUUAACAAAGUUCACAAAGAAUCACAAAUAAAGCAACUGCUGACAUAGCUGGGACCACACGUAGAAGUCUACACAUAUCACUGAAAUCACACAAUGACGCAGUUACUCGCAAAUUGUCGUUAGAAACCAAUGGGAAUUUUUGCCAAACUUUUACCUUCAUUACAAAUAUCACAAAUAUACGAAUAGUGCGACACACACAUAGCCCACAAUUUCGCUUACAAGUACCAAAAACACCCACGUACUAGCGAAAGGGGGCAACAAACACUGCACGAUACACAUUACUUCCGUGGCGGCUGUGUGACAUCGACACGAAACGUGCAAUACUACCCCUAGUUAACUGUUGUUUCGUUGGAGUUUUUGUUUUCGUCACCUCUCCACCCCUUCACUUGUUGGCUGGGCUAUUAUGGAAAGUUCCAUGAUUUUGGCUGCUCUACAUGGUGAUGAAACAAUUUAUGCAAAUUUGGGAAAUAUUGUGGAGCCCGAUGAUGAAGAGAUGAUGGACGAUGAGGCAACAACCACGGCCCAUUCCAUAAUGCAAAACAUAUUGUCGACAAUGGCUACAACAGUGGAGAAUGCCGCCAGUUUAAGUGCGGCUGAGAUGGCAUCUACCACCUCCACUACUGUGGCACCAGAUCAUGAUUCUACCGUCUCGAUGAACAAUUUCUAUCCUGCAUUGGUCCAGUGCUUUGGUAUCAUUAUUUGUGGUUAUCUCGCUGGCCGCUUUAAAAUCAUCACAAAUGCCGAAACCAAAGGUCUGGGCACCUUUGUGGGCACUUUCGCCCUACCCUCGCUGAUAUUUCUGUCGUUGGUCGAAUUGAAUUGGAGCAAAGUUAAUUGGACAUUUUUACUGGCAAUGUUGAUAUCCAAGGCAAUUGUAUUCUUUGUGGUGCUCUUGAUAUCGUUGAUCGUGGCAAGGCCAUUGAAUUAUGCACGAGCCGGUCUGCUGGGUAUCUUCUGUACGCAGAGCAAUGAUUUUGCCAUUGGUUAUCCCAUAGUCAUGGCCCUCUAUCACGAUGUCCACCCGGAAUAUGCUUCCUAUUUGUAUUUGAUGGCACCCAUUUCAUUGGCCAUAUUGAAUCCCAUUGGUCUUAUCUUAAUGGAAAUUGCCAAAAUUGCUAAAAAUAAAACAGAACAGAUACAAAAUCCUCCCCUGUGUCCGGAAACAUGUCCCGCAGAGCAAAUGGCAAAACGUAAUCGCUGCUUGAAUGAGAAAACAUUGCUGGUUUUCAAUACCAUAAAAUCGUUAUUUUUCAACCCCUUGCUCUUGAUGACCCUUUUGGGUGUGGCGGGAUCCUUUAUUUUUGCCAAUGGUCUUCCCGAAAUGAUGGCCAGUGUCUUAAGGGUUUUUGGUCAAUCGUUUUCGGCCACAGCUUUAUUUCUACUGGGUUUGAAAAUUGUCGGACAAGGUCGCUCAUUGAAGGGAUCUGAAUUUCUGCUGCCCGGAAUAUUGAUUUUGGUUAAGAUUUUGGUCCUACCCUUGGUGUGUCGUCAAACGGUCAACAUUAUGCAGGCUGGUUCUGAUUUUAAUGAUACCACAGAGCUGAGCACUUUCGGAUUUCUCUAUGGAACAUUUCCCGCUGCCCCGGGGGCUUUUGUUAUUGCCACACAAUAUAAUAUUGAAGUGGAAUUGAUUGCCAAAAGUAUGGUCCUGUGUACUUUCAUCUCCGCACCCCUUAUGUUCAUUUCGGCAAAAAUGAUUUCGUUGACAAAUCUCAAUCCAAUUGACUAUCUUCAUGAGCUGGAUGCAUUCUCAUUUGAUAUUAGUGUGGCGGGUGUGGCAGCUUGUAUCUGGAUGUUAUUGUUGCUGAUAACUACAAAGCGUUUCAAGCGUUUACCACAUCGCAUAACAUUCUGUUUGGUACUGUCACAGUUAAUGUGUUGUGUCGGCGUAAUCCUUUGGUCCAAAUUGGAACACCAUCAAAAGUGGCCAUUGAUGAUACAAUUUUUCCUAUUCAACAUUGGCACCUAUAGCUCUCGUUUGUGGACUGGUAUAUUGGCAAUUUCUUUGCUGUUCUUGCAAUGUCGCAGUUUAUGUUUUGUAUUGAAAUUAUGGCCUUAUAUGAUUGCCUUUGCUUGGGGUGUUCCAACAUUGAUUUCCGGUUUGCUGGUGGCAUUCGAUAGCAAUGUAAUGUCAGGGGAGAAACAUAAUCCCAGUUUUCAAUAUGGCAAUGCUCAGGCGGCAAUAUCGGUGUUUAUGUUGGUGAUGUGUUUUAUAGUAACCGUUGGCUGCUUGGUUAUGCAUCAACGCUACAAGAAGCGUUAUGAGAAAUAUUUGACCUAUGCCCGGGAGUUAUCAAAUCCAGAAUCGGAAAACUCUGAUAUCCAAUCGACAAUUUCCACAGCAAAUCUGCUAUCCAACUCGGGUAAUUUGCAUCAAAGACGUCGUUAUACAUCAUAUUCAUCAUCGGAUGAUGAUGACAUGUUACCAAGCACCGGAAAUGGUGUUGUUGCUAAUGGUGGUGGUGGUCCUUGUAAUGGUUCUGUUGCCAAUUCAAAUAGAACUGUCAGCGGUGCAGGAGGUGAUGGUGGUUGUGGCAGUGGCAACUGUUGUUCAUCCAGCAGCACCACAAGCCCCACAACAACAGUGGUUGUGGAUAUUGAGGAUUUAUUGAAUAAACGUAACCUGGAGCAAAACAAAAAAGAUUCAGAAGAUACGGAUAUCACCGAACCCAAAGAUGAGCAAUUGAAUCAAACUAACAAUGGCAUACGUUCCGGCAUAUGUAGUCCAUCGUUCAACUGCGGUGCCAGCACUUCACAAAAUUGUCAAUCGAUUAUUGAACGCUAUGAAGAUCAGACACGACGUGAUUUGGAACCACUGGAGCAUGCCAACGAUGGCGAUGAACAUCAAACGCUGAAACAUAUUGUAUUACUUAUUAUAUUGCUGUGCUCAAUGUUUGUGGGUUUGGCUGUAUCCAUUUGGACCCUGGUAAUGGAGGGAAUGUCUGGCAUCUAUUUGGAAUUGAGUUUCUUGGAUGCUUUCCUCAAUUUCGGACAAAGUUUAAUUGUAAUGGCUGUGUUUAUAGGAGAUAUUGGAGAGUUCUUGCAACCCUUGGUUAAAUUGUGGCGUAAAAUAUGGUAUGGUGCUAAUGUUGUCACAUUGCCCCACUGGUCCCAGGUUAGCCAGGAGACAAAGCACAUUUGCGAGCAAUUUAGAACACAUCACUUGGAGAAUUGCAAGAAAGACAUUGCCAAGGAUCGCAGAUGGCGCAUCAAAACCUAUCGCAAAGUAUUCUAUGGCUGCGAAUUUGUCGAUUGGCUCAUUGAGGUUGGCCUCUCGAAAGAUCGCCUUGAGGCUGUCCAUUAUGCCAAACAUUUGGUCAAUGGCCGGGUGUUGCGUCACAUCAACAAUGUCUAUCAUUUCGAGGAUAAACAAUUAUUGUAUAAUUUCUGUAGUCGCAUAUAAAAUGUUGUCGGUCGGUCACAAAAACCAGACAAUAAUCACAAGUGAAAUAUGUCACAAAAAAACAAAGAAUCAUCUUUAUUUAUAUCUAUAUAUACCAUAUUAUUAUACAUAUAGUUUGAAAAUGUUUUUCUUUCAAAGCUGUGAUUUGUUUUACUUUUAGUUUAAAUUUUUUUAAUUAUUAAUUCUUAUUUUUUAUUUUUUAUUGAUAAGUUUCACAAAUUGUUUUAGAAUUAUUAUUUUUUCUAAUUAGUUAUCGAUUGCAAAGCAAACUUUACAACAAAACACAUUUUUGUAAAACAUAAUGUCUUUUGGUUUCUUCUUACUCUUGAUAAUUGCAAUAUUUUUUAUUUAGAAAAAAAAAACACAAAUUUUAGUAAAACAUAAACCAAUUACUUCUUCUUUCUUUUGAUAAUUGUAAUAUUCUAUUUAGAAAUUUUCAGAAAUAUUUAGAAAUUUUAAAAAUUUCAUUUCUAAAGGAACCUAAAAUUGCGAAAUUUACUUUAAUAAAGUAAAAGACUUUGUACUUUCUUUUUCUUUUCCAAAAAAAGCAAUUCAAUUUAUGUUAUGUUAGCUGGCCUAUAUAAUUUUUAUGUAAAGAAUUUUUCUUUCUUUAAAAAUAAUCAUUAAAAAAUUAUUUUUGAAAAAAAAAAUCCAUAAAAAUAAUCAUCAAACAAAACAUUGUACAAAUUCUAUUUUAAAUAAAUAAAUUCUUCAAGCGCAUCUUGUUAUGAGAACACCCAA